UAUAUUUCGUACGUUUUACGCCUACUUUGGUUCAGUGAUGUUAGUGUUUGUCUAAUACGUUGAAAGUAUGAAUGUUGAGUGAAUAGUGUGAUUCAAAGUUUUGUUAGUGUUUCAAAACUAAUAGGAUUUUAGUCUAUUCCUAAUAUGAGAUUGAGUGCUGAUUUGGGCAACCACUCCAAUAAUGAAUACGCCAUGGAUACAGAUGACGAGAUGUUUUGUGGUGAUGUGCUUGACGACAUGCCCCCCGGCUCGGAUGCCACAUUCCAGGGUGCCAUUGGCUCUGGGUCCAACGAAAUCGGGGAUAUGACCUUCUGCAUGGGAAACUAUAUCACAGACUUCAUGAAGAUGAUGUUUACAAUGCGAUCUCACCACAUGCUGACCGAUGUAGUUCUAGAAGUUGGCAAUGAGUUGUUCCACGUCCACAAAGUGGUGCUUGCGGCGGGCAGUCCCUACUUCAAGGCUAUGUUCACAAGCGGGUUGAAAGAGAGUGAAAUGUCCCGGGUUCGUCUGCAGGGCGUAUGCCCCUCAGCCAUGGCUUGGCUGGUGUACUUCAUGUAUACUGGUAAAGUGCGCAUCACCGAGGUCACCGUGUGCCAGCUGCUGCCCGCCGCCACCAUGUUCCAGAUACCGAACGUGAUCGAGGCAUGCUGCGCCUUCCUAGAACGACAGCUGGAUCCGAGCAACGCAAUAGGCAUUGCCAAUUUCGCGGAGCAACACGCGUGCGCAGAACUCAAACAAAAGGCCAACCAGUUCAUCGAACGACACUUCACACAGGUCUGCAAAGAAGAGGAGUUCUUACAGUUGACGUUAACCGAACUCAUAGCAUUAAUAAGAAAAGAUGAAUUAAACGUCAGAGAAGAGAGAGACGUCUAUAACGCGGUCAUAGCUUGGGUAAAGCACGAUGAAGACAGGCGGCACUCACGGAUGGAGCACAUUUUGCAGGCGGUGAGGUGUCAAUACCUCACACCUCGGUUCCUUAAGGAGCAGAUGAGCACGUGCGCUGUACUGAAGAAAGUACCUGCAUGUAGGGAGUACCUCGCCAAAAUAUUCCAGGAUCUGACACUACACAAGAAGCCGGUGGUGAAGGAGCGCCGGCCGAACACGCCGCGCGUUAUAUACGUGUCGGGGGGCUACUUCCGGCACUCGAUAGCUGUUUUCGAGGCGUUUAAUCUGGACGACGGCGCGUGGAGCACGCUUCCUCAACUCACGGUGCCUCGUUCAGGGCUAGGAGCUGCCUUCCUCAAGGGUUUCUAUUACGCGGUGGGCGGUCGGAACACAUCGCCCGGUUCGUCGUACGACAGCGACUGGGUGGAUGUCUACAACCCUGCCAAUGAACUGUGGAGGCCUUGCAGCCCCAUGUCUACGCCUCGGCACAGGGUAGGAGUAGCGGUAAUGGACGGGUUAUUAUAUGCCGUCGGGGGUUCAUCGGGCUCUGAAUAUCACAAAUCUGUCGAAUGUUAUGACCCAGAACGAGACACGUGGAGUUCUGUAGCAUCAAUGGGUUGCGCGCGACUCGGAGUUGGAGUGGCCGUAGUGAAUCGCCUUCUAUAUGCGGUAGGGGGAUUCGAUGGCGCUAGGAGAGUUGCUUCGGUGGAAUGUUACCAUCCCGAAGACGACAAGUGGAUGGCGCGAAGCAAUAUGAGAGCAGCAAGGAGUGGCGCUGGCGUUGCGGCAUUAAAUCAGUACAUUUACGUAGUGGGCGGCUAUGACGGGUCGCAGCAGCUGUCAUCAGUAGAACGCUACGACACGGAACGGGAUAUUUGGGAGCCAGUAGCGCCCAUCACUAAGGCUCGAUCAGCUCUCUCACUCACAGUACUCGACAACAAGCUCUACGCCUUAGGUGGCUACGACGGCACCGCGUUUCUAGACAUCGUCGAAGUGUACGACCCGGCGACGGACACUUGGCAACCGGGAGUGCCAUUAACGUCACCACGUUCCGGACACGCGGCCGCGGUCUGUUACACCCAUGUAGCCGCCCCGGAUGAACGAAUACCACCCGCCCCCACGAGACUGUCCCGACGAACCCCGCACCCUGCAGACCAGAAUACGAGAGUAGAAGAUGUUCCGACAGUCAAUAACAUCAUUGGCACCAUUGCGCACAACGCGAACUCUUAGCAUCGCCCCGCCCUCCCACGAGGGCGCCACCGAACUUAGUGUUAACAGUGAAAACAAGUGCAAAGUAUGGAAACAACGUUCAGUGAAACUUGUGGUGAUGAAAGUUUCUUAAUCGUGAAAAUAGUGAAUGUUAAGUACCUACCAACGUUGUUUGGCAAUGUGCGAGUUUCUAACUUGAAUCAGUAUAAUUAUAAUAUAUGUAUACUUCUUACAUAAUCAACCCACAAAAUAUAUCUCAUUUUCUGAGACACCAUCCUGCAAGGUUUUUAAUAACAAAAAUAAAAUAAAAAAAUCAUGUUUACACCCUUGAGUUUAGAAACUCGCACUAUGUGCACAAUUAUCACACAGUUGAGAGUGAAAAACUUCGGUCACGGUAGUGCACAGGAUUGCACAUGAGUGAUGUUAGUUGUAAACAGAAUGGAGACGCCAUGUAUAUAAAUCGAAAGGAAUGUUGUACUCUAAAUCUCAAGUUAGGUGAACUUUGAUAUAGCCAUAAAUUUCAGUACAUACUUUAACUGUGUUGACCCAAUGUUGUUUACAGAC